AUGAGAAACAAGAAAGGUUUCAACUUCUCCAAUGCUGAAAAGUUCAUGCUUGGCGUCACAUGUUUGAUACAGCGAAAGUCCAUCACAAAUGGCUUCAAUGCUAUAAUACUCUUUAAUUUAUCCUUUCUGGAGUUAAUACUCAAGUUCGUCCCUGAAAGAUACCUCGAUCUCCAUAUUAGUCCCCGAAAGAUAAAGUUAAUCAAAAGAGUCCUUGAAAGAUACACGACUGAAUCAGGAUUCGGCGUCGUUUUGCACGCAGAGUGGAUUCAAAACAAGGCCAACUCUUCUCACCAGAAGAAGAUCUUCAAAGUUCAUGACCACAUCGGCAUUGCCAUCGCCGAACUCAUCGCCGACGGCCGCGUUCUCUCGCGCUACAUGCGCAACGAAUGCAUCAACAAUUCUUAUACCUACGAGUCUCCUCUUCCCGUUGGACGACUGGUCGUUCAGCUCGCUGACAAGGCUCAGGUUUGCACCCAGCGGUCAUGGAAACGUCCUUAUGGGGUUGGCCUCUUGGUCGGUGGACUGGAUGAAUCAGGAGCUCACCUCUAUUAUAACUGUCCAAGUGGAAACUAUUUUGAAUAUCAGGCUUUUGCAAUUGGUUCUCGCUCAGAAGCCGCCAAGACAUACUUGGAACGCAAGUUUGAGAACUUCAUGAGCUCCUCCCGCGAAGAAUUGAUUAAAGACUGAUAAAUGAUUUUGAUUGGUGUUGAAAUGUAUUCUGGUUGAAUUUGUUUUUGUGUGAGAAUACUUUAUAUUUUUUUGCAUAGGGCAAUUGAACUUCUAUUAUCAACAUUUUGGUUAUCUAUGUAAUUGAAAGUUGUACUAUGUCCUUUUAUUUUGUCUAGCAUACUUUGCUGUGGUUUGUAUCCUCAUGUAAAACCUUUUUAUUUUGCUCCUUAAGACAA